GGGUCGUGCCCACAAUCAGGAAUAAUGGGGAGACCCCUCACUCCGCCGGCCCGGCUGGUGCAGGCAGCACGAACGAGAAAUCAAGCCAGAGCCAGCGCCAGCCAAGAACCUCUGAGGAGGGAGCAGGAACCAGGAAAAAGAAAGGAGGCUAUGAAAGUGGAGGAUGACGACAAUGAGGAGGAAGAGGACGAGAGGCUGCGCAGGGAGGAGGAUCAGAGAGCGGAGCAGCGGGAAAGGAAAAAGGGAGCUAGGGGAGAAGCCGAGCCGGUCAUACGUGACGGACCGCCCAAAAGGAAGAAGUAUGCGGUUCGAUUGGAGGAGGGGUUUGACGUGGAGAAAGUGAUCGACCUGCUGCUGGAAGGGCAUAAUGACCUCAUGACCCUGAAGGAAAUCCUAGCGUUGGCCCCGCGACUCCUCGAUGAACUGAAGGGGAGGUUGUCGUGGCGCUUGGUGCCCAACGUCCAUCUGGGCACGAUUCUGCCCAAAGAGGCAGAGUGGGCGGAGUCAGGCACAAAGAUGGAUUGGGAGUGCGUGGCCUGCGGCACGGUGGAUUUAGUGGUAAAAGGCUCCAAGUGUGCAGCAAUGGUGGACUCCGGGGCGGAAAUGAACAUCAUCCGGGAGGCGGAUGCGAUCAGAUUCCGGCUGGAUAUAGGCCGUUCUAACUGCGGUAUUCUGCACGGAGCCAGCUGCAAGGCCGUAUUUUGUGGGACAGCCUCGAAUGUACUCAUCGAGGUUGGAAAGGAAGGGGAGGCGAUGGAGAACACACCUCCAGUUGAUGAAUUUCUAGAUCAAGAGGAAGAUGUUCGUCUCCACAUCAAUAAGUGGUCACCGCGAGUGCCCAGCUGUGUAGGCUAUCCCAUCUGGCAGGCGCCGAAUGGGUAUGAAAGGAGGGCUGAGCUAGUCCUCAAACCCUUUGAAGAAGAGGAUCCCUGGGGUAGUAAGGAUGUUCAGUGGAUGGUGGAGUUAGCGCUGGCCAACUCGCAUAGCCUGGUGGAGGACGUGAGGGCGAUUGAGGAAGGGCCUGGCCAGGUAGAAGGGUAUGAGGACCUGAUGGGAGGAAUAUAUCUCCUCGUCAACACGUUAUUGCAGGAAGGCCUCGACCAGUCAGGCUCGUUGAACCCGACAGGGAAUGUGGACGAAGUGCCCAAGAGCAAGGACGACGAGUUCGAGGAGGGGGAGAUUAAGGAGGCUUUUCGUGCAGAGGAGUACGAUGGGAUCUACCUUGAGCUGGGGCUUCUUCUGUCAUGUGAAAUGUGGCUUAGGAAUGUAAGCGAUAGAGCUCAGAGGAUGCUGCAACGCUAUUUAAUGAGAGACGGCCACCUUUUCGUGAGAAGAGAAGUGGGGAACCCCAGGAGAGUCGUCUGCGGUAGGAAUCGUCAGAUCGACGUCGUAGCAGCGCUUCACGAUGGCAUUGCAGGAGGGCAUCGAGGGGUACAAGCCACGUAUGCCAAGAUAAGUGAGUUGUACUACUGGGAUGGGAUGAUGGACAUGGUCGGGAAAUUCUGCCGAUUCUGCAUACCCUGCCAGGAGAGAUCCCGUUUAAGGCAAGGAGAGCCACUGCAUCCAAGGCUAGAGCGAGAGGUGGGGGUUGUAGUGCAUCUCGAUCUACUUUUUAUGCCGCUUGGGGAUCAGGGCUAUAAUUAUAUCUUCGGUGCGCGCGAUAACCUGUCUGGGUUCGUAGACGGGCGUGCUAUUCGCACAAAGACCGGGUUAGUCCUGGUGAGCUGCAUCGAAGAGUACUAUCUACGCUAUCCUUUCGUCAGGGAAUUCGUAAUGGACAAGGGAUCGGAGUUUACCUGCCAGGAGGUGCAAGAAUUGUUAUCAAGGUCUGACUUUACGAAGACAGCAAUGCCAAGAGGAGGGAAGGGGACACGGCCGCCUCGGAGGCCGAUGGGAGCAUCAAGAGAAUAUGAGCAGCAUGGGCCUCGCCAUCGAGAGAGUACUCCGGUGUACGACGAUGGGGACAUCGAGCUAUUCCUGAACAGUUUUUGGAAUCAUGCGAGGCGUAUGGGCUGGACCGUGGCUCAGGCGAUUGAGAGAUUGAGGGGAGCAGGCAGGUUCGACGAGCCCAUUACCAGGAUUCUUAGGGAGGCGACGACGAGGCAGGAGGUGGAGACGAGGAUGCACGAGCUGCGACCUUCGCCUGUGCGACCAGAUGGCAGGCCGAUCCGCUUAGAGAUCGGAAAUGCGGCAGAUUUUAUUCCUGCCUUCGAGUGGUUCAUGCAGGGACACCUAGCAGCUUAUGCCCUGGAGCACCCAGACCUGGAGGAGCCAGCACGUGCAGAGCCUCGCCAGGAGCCGUGCCAGCCCGACAAGGAGAUGGAGGCAGAGAUCCCGAAGAGGGUCGACCUCCGCACGAGGGAAAGGGCGCCUGCUGGAGAGACGACUGAAGAAAAGAGGGCGAGAAGAACCAGGCGGAUAGAUGAGAUAUGGCAAGAGAGGCAGAGGUUGGAGGCAGCGGGGGAGCUUCCGGAGCAGCAACAGGAAAGACAGAGAUCAGAGGCAGCAGGAGCACUCCCAGGUCAGCCACCCAGCGCGCCAGCUAGAGCUCCGGAGAUUCCAGAGAUGUGGAGGGACUUCUGGGAGCAGAGAGGAGAGGAGUUUCCCUCGCCAGUCAGAGCCGGGUUUGGGGUGGCCAGGAAGGCGGAAGAGAGGUUAGAUCGCAAAAUCAAGUUCCUGGCCAAGACAACUUUUGACCGACACUUGUUAUUGGAGAGCGAUCUGGCAGGGAAGAAGAUGAAGGCAUUGGUAGCCAGUCAGGCAGCUAUCAUUGAGAGCCUGAGGCAGCAAACCCAGGGAAAGGUGGACAAGCCAGAGAGCAGCAGGCAGGGAGAGCAGAGGCAGCCAGGACGUGGAUUACCGGGACAGCCGUCUGCUGCAGAGCCUCGCCAGGAGCCACCUAUGGGGAGAGUUAUCCUGGAGCCAGAGGAGGCGAGAGCCCAGAGACAGGCGGAGAAAGAGGUAUUCGAGUUCAGAGCCCCUACCGAGCUCGCGACGCUGCCAGUAGCAGCGGUUGACCCAGUCGUUGAGGAGGGGCUACCACCAUCUAGCAGUGAGCCGGCUCAGGACUCAGCAGAAGGAUCCAUGGGCGUGCUCCUUGAGGCGGUGCAUACUAUGCAGGAGGAUGUGAGUUUGUUUUCACCUGAGCAGAGGAUAGAGAAGCCUCUUGAGAGAGAGAUAGGGAUUGAGGCAGAGGGUGCCAUCGAGAGCGGGCUCCAGAGGAUGGGCACGCCUGAGUAUGGGCCAGAGGAGAUUGAGGAGCAGCCCAUGGAAGUGCCAGGAGAGACACUCGAGAGGAGACCUCAGAGGUUGAACACGCCUGAGUACGUCCCAGUGACAGGGGAUUUGAGGAGCAGACUGGGAUCUUGGGCUACUGGAUCUGGGUUUGGGGGACCAGUUCCUGGGACAGAGCAGUAGGAGGUCGUUAGUACUGCAGCUCCUCGAUCAG